CCAAUGGCGAUGAGAUUGAAGGGGGAGGGGAAGGUAGUACGUGCGCGCUCUCGCAGGCUGAGGCGCGGCCCCGCGACAGUGCGUGCGCGCUCACUCGUCCCCUCCCCCAGUCUUUCUGUCUCGGCCGUCGCGGUCGCUUUUUCACCUUUCCGUCCCCCCACUUGCUGUGAGGUGCUCGGAGCGGACCGGCCCCCGUUGACUUGCCAUGGCUGACGAGAAGCCCAAGGAAGGAGUGAAGACUGAAAAUAAUGACCACAUUAAUCUGAAGGUUGCAGGGCAAGAUGGAUCUGUGGUGCAAUUUAAGAUUAAAAGGCAUACACCACUUAGCAAACUAAUGAAAGCCUAUUGUGAGCGACAGGGUUUGUCAAUGAGGCAAAUCAGAUUCCGGUUUGAUGGGCAGCCAAUCAAUGAAACAGAUACACCUGCACAGUUGGAAAUGGAGGAUGAAGAUACAAUUGACGUGUUCCAGCAGCAGACAGGAGGAGUCUACUAAAAGAGAACCAAACUUCCUUUCCCACAGACAACACAUUCACAAUUAGAAAAACGAGACUUAGUUCAGCCACAUCUUGACUACUGCAGUAUAGCUUUCUCUCUCCUUUGAUUUCUUUUCCUAUUCCUUCUAUUGUACAUAAAGUAACUGGUGUAUGUGCACAGACAUGCAUAUUUUUUUUAACUAAAUGGCCAAUGGUAUGUUUUGAUCAACAUCAUAUGGCAAUGGGGUAGUAAAAACAAACUGGUCUGUGAAAAUGCCCCAUUCCUCCGUGGCAUGCUCCUUUAACUUUUAUCUUUAUAUUCCAGUAAGUUAUUUUGCUCUCAUUGUUGAAAAACAAAAACCUUGCAUACCUUAUUUGAUUGGAUAAUUUCAAUGUUUUUCUUUUUUCGUUGUACAACCAAGGACGAUUUUAUAACUUUUUUGUACGUAGCUGUUACAUGUAGAGCAAUCUGUCUUUAAGUAGGGGUAAAUUACUCUAAACAAAAAUAUGAUCUUGGAUAGUUUUCCCUUCAAGUAAAGCGUCUUGUUGUUUAAAUAAACUUCUUGUUUAAAAUAAACAA